AUGGCUAAAAACCAUACCGCCAACGAUCGCCGCUGCCCAGUCCUGAGGAGGAUUCCAAGGAAGCAGGGGAUUGCUCUACCGGGACUACUCCCAGAGGAGCCCAAGAGGGUCCUCCAGAGUCGUCCCAGGGCCGUGGUUCAGGAAGACGGGUGGACCACAAUUAGAGGAAAGGGAAGGCAACCCGCCCCCCCUCCACCCGUCACAGCACCCAUAGAAACGGUGGUGCCAACUACCACCACAUCGAAGGCAACCACCGGGGCGACUCUCCAGCCCCCCGCUAACGACGCCAUAGAGCGACAAACCUCUCAGAGGAGUCCCGAAGAACCCACUCAUGUUCCGACGGAUCCACGAAGUCGUCCGGAUGUAUUGGACAUCGUGCUCGCUAGGAACAUCAACCACCCGAUAGUGGUAGAGGUGCUGUACGACCUGGAUUCACAGCACCUCCCGAUCUUAAUUACCCUUGGCCUAAAGGCGGUGACUACGCUGCCCAGAACAGUUAAGACACGUGUCGACUGGAGGCUCUACCACAAACAUCUGCAGGAGAGACCUCCAGCACACCACCCCUUAAACACAGCGGACGACGUAGAGGCCGCAGCUACCAAUAUAACAAAGGCGAUACAGGAGGCCCUCAACGCUGCCUCUACGAUCGUCCCGAUGUCAACAAGGAGAGACGUUCUGCCGCGACACAUUAGCGUGCAGAUCAGGAGAAAAAGGGCGCUAAGGAGACUCUGGGCGCGUAGUCGCUGCCCGAGAAUCAAAACGCUACUCAACACCCUAUCGGAGGAACUGUCGGUUGCAGUCCAGGCACACAGAGGAGAUGCCUGGGAGCGACGUAUAUGGAAGGCGGAAGAGCACGAUGCGUCGCUCUACAAACUGAACCGACAGUUAACUAAAGCCAAACCUCCCGUUUGCCCGCUGACCAACAACGCGGGCGAACGUCGUUACGAUGCCAAGGGUAGAGCGGAUAUCCUAGUAGAGCACUUCGAGAAGCAAUUUAUGCCGAACCCAGCAAGUGCGGAGUUCAUGAAGCUUCAUGCCCAAAAGGAGAGUCGCGUACAUGAGUUCCUGUCGUCGCCCGCGCCGCCUCUUGCAGGAAAGUGGUUCAUCUCCCCCCGCUGA